CCUGGGCCUUAAAUCGCAUAAUCAGAGAUUUGCUUUCAUCUUCUUCCCAAGUCGGUCCGAUACUCUCGGCUGUAGCUCGCUUCAUUUGAGAUCAUCUUCAAGCUCACUAGGUUGAUACUUGUGUUUGAGGCAAGAAACUGAUUUCCACGGAUUAUCACUGUUAUGAAAAUGGGGAGUCCAUGAGAUAUGCACACACUGAACAAGAGAGCUCACAAAAGGAGCUCCACUUGGCAUUUGUAAAUAAUUACAAAGACCUCUUAAAUGGUGGUGGUCGUCUAGUGAAUUGAAAGGUAGAAAGUAGAGAUCUCUAGAUGGAGGUGCCACCAAUUGAAGAUUCUGAGCUCCCAGCUUCUGCCGAUACUGUUCAUCAAGAACAGGAUGAUGUGCUACCUGUCCCUGAUACCAUAAAUGAUGGAGUCAUGGAGCAGAAGCAAGAAAUCACUGAGGAAGAAGUAAGAAGUACACUGGAAGCGAUUGCAUCCACGGGAAAAUUCUGGCAUGAUUGGGAGAAAUUGAAGAGUAUGCUAUCCUUUCAACUGAAGCAGGUGCUGUCAGAGUAUCCUGAAGCAAAAGCAUCCAAUGAACUACAAAGUACUUUAGGAGAAACCUUCUCAGAGCUGGUAAAGCGGUUGGAUGAAGCACUUCAUAGCUUCGUUGAAGGUCCUCCAUUUACCCUUCAAAGGAUUUGUGAGAUCCUAUUGGAUGCAUGUAGCAUAUAUCCCAAUCUCUCAAAGCUUGCGCUUGCUCUCGAAAAGAAUCUUCUGGUGACAUCCACACUUGCCAUCAGUUCUGACCCGCAUGUACAGUCCUCCGACAAAAAGCCAAACGAGUCAGAGGGACUGGAGAAAGCUGAAGAACAAAAGCUAUCCAAUGCAGUAGAAAAUGGAAUUGAACCUAUAGCUGGAGACAGGGAUGAAGUAAUGGUGGAGGUUGAAGAGGCCGAUAUGAAUGAUGAUAUGACGAUGGACAUGGAAACUUUUGAAGAAAUAGUUGGAUCAUCUGAGACAAAUAAUGCUCCAAACAGUAAUUCUUAGCUUUCUCUGGUCACCUUAAAGCUAGCUGCUGUAGUUCGGCUGAUCUUUUCAUAGUGAGGGAGACAUGACUGGUAAUCCAUAGUUUUUCGAUAUAUCAAUUUGUUUGAAUCCAAUAUAAUUCGGUUCAGAUGUGUUAUCUUGCAUUUGGGAGAGGAACGGGUUACUUGGAAUUAGCCUACAAUAUGAGCCUUACUAUUUUGGCUGGUAUGUUUUCUUGAUUGAUCAAAUAUUUGAGUGAACUGAUGUUUUUAGUUUUUGAACUUUUGAUAUGACACUUCUCAUUUAGCUAAUGAAAAUGAUUUGGCGCUUUGCAA